UUAAAAUCGUAACGUGAGUUGGCACAUUUUUGAAAAGUAUUUCGGGGUAGUUAAAACAAUUGGAAUUCGGUGAGAUGGCUUCUCCAGCUCCAAAAGCAAAUACCCCGGUGGACGAUGAGCGGAUGAAGGCGUUGACCACUUACCGCACCAAGCUCCUGGAGCACCGCGAGAUCGAGUCGCGUUUGAAGGCUUUGCGGGACAAGCACAGGAUUCUGAACGCCGAGUACGAAAAGUCCGAGGACGAUUUGAAGGCCCUGCAGAGCGUGGGCCAGAUGCUCGGGGAGGUCCUCAAGCAGCUCACGCCGGACAACUUCAUCGUGAAGGCUUCGAAUGGACCGCGCUACGUGGUCGGAUGUCGCCGGCAGAUAAACAAGGCGAAGCUUAAGGCGGGCACUCGCGUCGCCCUCGAUGUGACCACCCUGACCAUCAUGCGCUAUUUGCCACGGGAAGUGGAUCCACUGGUCUACAACAUGACCCACGAGGAUCCGGGCAACGUCAACUACGCCGAGAUCGGAGGCCUUGGUCAGCAGAUCCGCGAGCUGCGCGAGGUCAUUGAACUGCCGCUGCUCAAUCCGGAUCUGUUCCUUCGCGUUGGCAUCAAUCCGCCCAAGGGAUGCCUGCUCUUCGGGCCUCCUGGCACCGGAAAGACUCUCCUGGCCCGCGCCAUCGCCUCCCAGAUGGACGCCAAUUUCCUGAAGGUGGUUUCCUCGGCCAUUGUGGACAAGUACAUUGGCGAGAGUGCCCGCCUGAUCCGCGAGAUGUUUGCCUACGCACGUGACCACCAGCCGUGCAUUAUAUUCAUGGACGAGAUCGACGCCAUCGGAGGUCGUCGCUUCUCGGAGGGAACUUCAGCCGAUCGCGAGAUCCAGCGCACGCUAAUGGAGCUGCUCAACCAGAUGGACGGCUUCGACGCUUUGGGCCAGGUGAAAAUAAUCAUGGCCACCAACCGGCCGGAUACCUUGGAUCCCGCCCUGCUGCGUCCCGGGCGACUUGAUCGAAAACUGGAGAUUCCGCUGCCUAACGAAGUGGCCCGCAUGGACAUCCUCAAGAUCCACGCCGCACCGCUGUCCAAGCACGGGGAAAUCGAUUACGAGUCGGUGGUUAAGCUCUCGGACAUGUUUAACGGUGCCGAUCUGCGGAACAUUUGCACCGAAGCCGGGCUGUUUGCCCUGCGCUGCGAUCGGGAGUACGUCGUUCAGGAGGAUUUCAUGAAGGCUGUGCGCAAAAUCGCCGACAACAAAAAACUUGAGUCGCGACUGGACUACAAGCCCAUUUAG